AUGCGCGGCGCAGAUGGCCCACCAGAUAACGCUCAAGAAGUGAGGCCGGAUACUCGCAAACGAAGGGAUGAGAAACAAAAACGGAAAAAAAUACUUCGGGAGAAAAAAAAAAAGGAAAAGGGCACCGAGUGUAGUAGAUCAGGCCUGGAUGCUCUCACGAGCUUUGCGUCGUUGCGCAAGAAAAAAUUGGGUGGUGGGGUUCAUCUCUUGUUUUCUUGUUCUUGUUUCUUCUAUUCGUUUCUUUGGGUUCUUCUUUUCUCCCUAUUUGUCAUUUUGUUUGUUGGAUUUUUAGGGUUUUUUUUUGGUUAUUCUUCUGCCCGAAGUAACUUCGGCAGCUGUAUGUAUGUACGCACGUACCUGUCUGUACCUUGUUACCAUCAAUCAAAAGAGAGACGGAUGAUGCAUAGACAAUGA